CUGCUCUUGCCUUUCUUCGCUGGACGUGUGCAAGGCCGGAUGGUCCUGCCCCACUACCUCUGCUCGAGCGUCCAAAACGCCUUCCGCGCAAGGCACGCCCGCGUCGCCGUCGACCACACCCGUCAGAACCUCGGCAUCCUCUCCAUCCUCCUCCGCUCUGGCUUCAUCACCUCCAUCACUCGCGGCACAAUUUCUGAGCCCUCACCUGAAGCCUUCCGCGAGGUGGGCGAUGCUCAGCGGCGGAUUUGGGUCGAGCUCAAGUACCGCGAUGACGCGCCAGUCCUCACGAACAUGGAGCUCGUCAGCAAGCCCAGUAAGGGCAUCUCCCUGGAUGCGUCGGAGGUACGAAGGAUAUGUUCAGGACGGAGGGCACAGAACGUCAAGCCGCUGAGGAUGGGCGAGGUGGCUGUCAUUCGGACGAGAAACCCAGAGUACGAAUGGGUCGAGGCGAGGGAGGCCAUGCAGCUGCAGCUUGGCGGAGAGAUCGUUUGCAGGGCACGAUAAACCGAAUGGAUGGGUACACAUACUUGUAAAUUAUUGCUCUGCGGUCGCGCUAAUUUGGUAUCCUUGCACACUCCCGCCUCUGAGCCUGAAUUUGAGAUAGCCGUGCUGCUAUUAUG